AUGUGCCAGGCCGUAGUUUGCGACAGUCCCAGCUCGGUUCCAACUGCGGUUCCGACCGCGAAGCUGCAGUUCGAGCGCGUACGCAAAUACACCGCGACUGCACUCGUGAUUCGUGUCGUUUUGACCCGACUAGAGAUCUCAUCAUUGCAAGGAUCAACGACUAAAACCACACCCCAAUCCGCACCACCUCAGAUUCGUGGUCGAGUGUUUGGAAAAAGUCUGAAGGCAAUGACUCUGCAUGAUAUUCUCAGAAAAAUCAGGACAAAGUGA